AUGGGAACUACAUUGUCACAUCGAUUGAAUUUCUUAUCAGUAUUUCAACGAAGAUCAAAAUCACGUAUUAAACAUGCUCAUCAAACAUCUGAAGAAGAGUCAACAGAAAAUAAUACCGAUCAAUUAUCAGUAAAUGAUAAUGAUACUCCAAUGAGUAAUAUAAAUCUAGUUGGAGAACUUGUACCUGAACGAUAUUUAGUUUUACUUACCGAACAAAUGACUGAAAUGCUCUUUCGUUUAAUGACUUGUAAUGAUACAUUUAUAUUACUAGCCGAAGGUGGAUCUGAUUAUCGAACACCAUUAGGUAAGAAUAUUGAUAGUGUUAAUAUAACAACUCCAAUGAGUACACCAAACUCAAAUCAUAUACGAAGUCAAUCACCGUUACAAACACAAUCCGUACAUCAACCAUGUAUUCAAUGUAAUAUGAAAAUGUUGACUAUUGAAGAAUUUCAUGAAUUACACAAUGCAUUUCGUCAAGUUGAUAAUGAUCGCGAUAAUUUUCUUACACGUGAUGAAAUACGAAUGACACUUAAUUAUCUAUUUGAACUUACUGAAUAUGAUAUUAAAGAAAUUAUUUCCGUAUUUGAUAUAAAUAAAGAUGAUCGAAUAUCAUUUGAAGAAUAUAUAGAAGAAAUGAAACAUCGUUUAUUACAUGAAUUUACACGUGAAGAAAUUAAAAUAGCUUUUGAUCAAGCUGAUGUAAAACAAAAUGGUCAUUUACGUAUCGAUGAACUUAAAAAUGCCAUUGGUUAUUUAAAUUUACAUUUACCUAAUCGACGAAUAGUUGAAAUUGUGAAUGAUUGUACGAACAAUGAAACAAUUGAUACUAUUGAUUUUAUACUUUUUACAAAUAUUGUAAAAUCAUUACAUCGUCGUGAGCCUAUUACACUACAGAAAUUCAAACCAAUUCAUCAUUUUACCACUAUACCAAUAACUUCAUAA